AUGUCAGUUGAAGAAGACCAUGACGAUGUCAUGAGUGAAGAGGAUAUUACAGUAGUAGAGUCGAUGACAAGUCAAGAGCAUGCUUCAAAGAAAAGGAAAUUUACAUCAAAAGUAUGGAAUGAUUUUGAUUGGUCACGAGACAAAGAUGGUAAAGAAAAGGCUACGUGCAAGCAUUGUAGGAAGGAAUAUGCUUAUGACAGUCAGAAAGGAGGAACAUCAACUAUGUCAAGGCAUUUAAAGAAGUGCCGUAGACUGAAGAUGCAAGAUGUGGGGCAACUUUUGUUAUCUACAAAUAAUGGAGAACUGGCUACUCGUGCACGCAAAAUAGAUCAAUCAAAGUUUCGGGAUUUAGUUGCAAGACUAAUUAUUGGUAAAAAUCUCCCCUUUAAUUGUGUAGAAUGGACUGAAUUUAGGGAGUUAUGUAGUUAUCUGAAUGUCGAUGUUGAAACCAUAUCAAGGAAUACUACAAGGUCUGAUAUUCUUAAAAUGCAUAAGUUCCAAAAAGAAGUUAUUCGCAAGAAAUUACAAUGUGCUCCAGAUUGGGUAUUGCAGAAGUUUCUUUUAAAUUUUUCUCCACUGCCACCACCCCAUACUGGUCAAGCACUUUCAGAUAAGUUAUUUCUGAUGUUAAAUGAUUGGGGAAUUGAAGGAAAGGUAACCAGCAUCACUUUGGAUAACGCUGCAUCAAAUUCUUCAUGUGUUAAGAUAAUGAAGAGUCGAUUCACUGCAAGGAAUGUUAUGUCGGAUACUGGGAAAAGAAACUUUCAUAUAAGGUGUUGUGCUCACAUAAUAAAUCUUAUUGUAAGAGAUGGACUGACAGAGAUUGAUCCAGCAGUAAUCAAGAUAAGGUUAGCAGUGAAGUACCUUAAAGGUUCACAAAGAAGAAAACAAAAUUUCUUGGAUACUGUCAGCGAUUUAGGAUGUCAGUAA